GCCUCCAACACACAAACAGAGUCAAAAACAGAGGAGUCUCAAACCCAACGAAAAUCCUAAUGGAUCCCUUCAUCUUCUACUCUACAAAUUCAAACUCCUCCUCGGAAUCGUCUUUUGGGUCACCGGAGUUCCUUCCUUUCUCCCAAAAUUAUCUUCCUUUCAAUGAAAAUGACUCCGAGGAAAUGCUUUUGUACGGCCUAAUAGCAGAGGCCUCCCAGGGAACAACAAAAUCAACAUACCCCAAUCGGGUAAAGGAAGAAGAGGUUACUUCAGUGGAAAAGCAAGAGAAUCCCAAGAAGGAAAAGUCAUAUAGAGGGGUGAGGAGGCGACCGUGGGGGAAAUUCGCGGCGGAAAUAAGGGAUUCCACCAGGCAUGGCAUAAGGGUAUGGUUGGGGACAUUUGACAGUGCGGAGGCGGCAGCUUUGGCCUAUGAUCAAGCCGCCUUUUCAAUGAGGGGUUCAUCGGCGGUGCUCAAUUUUCCAGUAGAAAGAGUGCAAGAAUCUCUCCGAGAGAUGAAGUGCGGCCAGGAGGAGGGUUGCUCGCCGGUGGUGGCGUUGAAGAGGAAGCACUCCAUGAGAAGGAAAAUGAUAAGCAGACGAAAGAAAGAGGUGGACGUGAGGAUAGAGAAUGUGGUGGUGUUUGAGGAUUUGGGUGCGGAUUAUUUAGAAGAACUUUUAAGUACAUCAUAAGACUACCAGUCCUUGGUGAACCAACCGUACUUAGUUCAGUUUUUCUUUCUUUUUAAUAUCCCACUUUCUUUUCUUCUUUGUGUUGUUGCUUUGUUUGUUUGUUUUUUUCUUUUUUCCUUUUUUGCAAUGUAAGGUUUGUGGGAAGUUUCACAUUUUUAUAUUUUUAAAUGUGAAUCCUCUCCCUUUUGCCUUACGUAUAUGUAAAUAUAGUUUGAAGAAACUAGAAAUUGAAGAAUGCAAUAAAUGAUUAUAUUAUCU